AUGGAACAACAAAAUAAUAUUACUGCUUUAACCGAUAGUGCUGGCGUUUUACCAAUGGAUACUGGUGCAAUAUUUAACGGUGUUCAUGAUGAAAAUGCAUCAUCAUCAUCAGUUAAUGCAGGUCAAAAAAAAGGUCGCGGUCGCCCACCUAAAGCUACAAGUGCACCCAAACCAGCUACUAAUUCUGGUUCACCAAAACGUGGCCGUGGUCGUCCAUCAAAAACAGGUGGAACAUCAUCUCCAGCUAAAACAGUUGCUGCAGCAAAGCCUCAAAAAGAAGAACCGCCAACAGAUGCCGAUGCAAAUAAAAAAAAACGUGGUAGACCAUCCAAGAGCAGUACACUAAGUGAACAAACAAAUGGCAUAAGCAAACCUCAAGUUCAUGUAACUCCAGUUGCUAGUACCGAAGAUAAUGAUAGCGACGAACCAGCAAAGAGAAAACGUGGACGACCAGCAGCAGCAGCACCGUCACCACCAAAACAAGCAGUAGUAGUUGCAAAAGUAUCAGCAUCAAAAGAAGCUUCACCAGCUAGAAAACGUGGACGACCAUCAGGUACUGGUAGUGCUAAAAAAUCAGCACCAAAAGCCCAGGCAUCAACUAGCGCUGAUGGUUCAGCUAGAAAACAACGAGGUCGACCAAAGAAAGCUGCAGGAAACAUAACAACAACAACAACAGCAGCUACAACUUCAUCUAACGAAUCAGCUACAACUUCACCAACCAAUGCUUAA